AUGAUAAUAAUCAGGAAUAUUUAUAUUUUAGUUUUAGCAGUUAUAUUUGCUCAUGCUUAAGCAGAUGGGUUUUCAAGAGUUUCUCACCAUCUUUUUUUCAAGCAAUAAAGAUUCAGAGAAAUUUUAGGAGGUUCAAGUCCUAGUCUAGUUUUAUUGAAUACAUUUAUGGGGAAGGUUAAAUAAGAUUCAAAACAAAAUAUUGGAGUAGUAAUAGCCGAUAAACCUAAUUAUGAUCUUUGUGAUCACUAAAAUUUAGAUAAAUGGAAAUAAGAUUAUAUUUAAAGCGUUUAAAACAUCGAGAUUUAUCUAUUUAUUAAAAUCACAAACUAAUGUCUUUUCGGAACUUAGAUUAGAGAAGCUGUUUUGUUGGGUGCCAAAGGUGUUAUUCUUUAUGAUCCAAUUGGAGAUAUAAGAAAUAAUCCUUACCCCUAAAUAAAUGUCGAUCAUAUUGAUAUUCCUGUGCUUGUCAUAUCAGAUAAAGAUUUAGGCUAAAAGUUAUAUGACUAGAUGAAAAAUGAUGAUUUCGAAGGUUCUGUAAUUUUGUGCUAGCUAAAUUUUGCUCCAAUCUAAUAACAGGCUUUUCCUAAAGUUUAAUACUUUUUUUCUUCUGUGCAGAAGCAUAGCUAUGCGUUUAUUGAUGGACUUUACAAUUUUAUCAGAGAAUAUGACCCAAAUCAAACAGUAAGCAUAGUUGUAACUCCUCAAAUAUAUAACAGUACUGAAGCCACUAAAAUUUGUUAAACAGAAUCUUGUUUGGAUCACACUUAGAAAGAAAUCAUUAGCAAUGGUUGCUUUUCAAAUGGAAAAUAUUGCACAAUCCACAAUGUUAAUUACUUUAAUCCAAGUGAUGUUCUUGAACAUGAGUUAUUUUAGUAUAUUUUAUCAACUUAAAAUACAUUUGAAUGGACUCUUUACAUGAGAGAAUUUAUUUAAAACUGUGUUUAAUAAGCUGAGAAGUUCUAACUGCAUAUUGACUUAUCAGAAUGUGGUGAGAAUAUUCUAAAAAAGUAAAAUCAGCCAUUGUUAACUCAAGUCUAGAGAAUUAUAAGAGAAUCAUGGCUUUAAGGAUCUGAUAAAUAAUAAAUAGAUUAUUAGGCUAUGGAUAAUGCAAGCUUUAGAUUAAUUAAAGAAAAGAUUGAUAAUAACAGAAUAUAUUAAUGGCCAACUAUAAUAGUUAAUGGAGAGCUUUUUUAAGACAAUAUAGUAAAUGUAAAAAAUUAAUUAGCCAGAGUCCUUUGCAAAAGCAUGCUCUACCCAUCAAAACAAUGUGUUUCUCUACUUUAGAUUGGAGUUUAAAAUGAUGACUUCGAGGAAAAUGAUUAAGGAGAUAAUUACAAUAGUAGAAAUGCAGGAAAAGCUAUUAGACCAAAGAAAAAAUCUUCUUUUUCAAAAGGAGUUGCAAUCACUUUGUCAUUGAUAGGAGGUAUGCUGAUAGGAGGCUUAAUUUUCUAUUUAGUUAGGAGAAACCACAUUAGAGAAAUGAACAGACAAUUAAAUAAAAAAGUAAAAUAGGCUGUUGAAAAAUAUUAAAAAUUUAAUGAAGUUAAUAACUAUUUCUAAGAGCUUUCAUGA